AGGCUUCUCUCGGGCUUCUCUUUAUGGUAGCGCUGAGCCUCUCUAGCCUGCACCCACCAUCCUCUCAAUGGUAGCACGGAAACAAGCAGCAAAGGCGGGCCGGGUGUGAACUCUGGGGACACGGGUGCUUCCCUAACCCGGCGGAGGAGAGCUCAAGCUAAGGGUGACCAGCAUAUAACCUGCUGAAGAAAGAAAAUUGGAAAAUUUACUAAAAUCAAGAAUGAUGGAUCCAUGUUCCGUUGGAGUCCAGCUCCGUACCACAAAUGAGUGUCAUAAAACCUAUUAUACUCGUCACACAGGUUUCAAGACUUUGCAAGAACUGUCAUCAAAUGAUAUGCUUUUACUUCAACUUAGAACUGGAAUGACACUUUCUGGGAACAAUACAAUUUGUUUCCAUCAUGUAAAAAUUUACAUUGAUAGAUUUGAGGAUUUGCAGAAGUCAUGUUGUGACCCAUUUAACAUACAUAAAAAACUAGCCAAAAAAAAUCUGCACGUGAUUGACUUAGAUGAUGCCACUUUUCUGAGUGCAAAAUUUGGAAGACAGCUUGUACCUGGUUGGAAACUUUGUCCAAAAUGUACUCAGAUAAUCAAUGGAAGCGUGGAUGUUGAUUCUGAAGACCGCCAGAGAAGAAAACCUGAAUCAGAUGGAAGAACUGCUAAAGCUUUGAGGUCAUUACAGUUUACAAAUCCAGGAAAGCAAACUGAAUUUGCUCCAGAAACUGGUAAAAGAGAAAAAAGAAGGCUUACAAAAAAUGCAACUGCUGGUUCAGAUAGGCAGGUGAUCCCAGCGAAGAGUAAGGUUUAUGAUAGCCAGGGUCUCCUGAUUUUCAGUGGGAUGGAUCUCUGCGACUGCCUUGAUGAAGACUGCUUGGGAUGUUUCUAUGCUUGUCCUGCCUGUGGAUCUACCAAAUGUGGAGCUGAAUGCCGCUGUGACCGCAAGUGGCUAUAUGAGCAAAUUGAAAUCGAAGGGGGAGAGAUAAUUCAUAACAAACAUGCUGGGUAAUUUGUAGUGUCAAACUAAGAGGUCUUUAAAGGUUCUCAUUCUGUUUCUAAAGUUCUGUCUUUCUAAGAUAAAUUUGAAGCUUGAUUGCCAAAUGACAAAGAUUUAACUACCUGAAAAUGUAUUCAGUAUGCACUGAUGUUGCGUUUUGAGUGUUUCUUCAACAUUCAUUAUUUGAUAUAAAUUUAGAUGAGCAGUUUCUCAGCAGUCUGUUUUAAGCCUGCCUAGGUCAAUGUAAAGUAACAUAGGCAGUCCUCAAUUUGCAUAGUUCCCAUAGGGCACAAAUUUCAGUGACAUGAUUUAGUUAAAAAACACCAAGUCUUCUAACAGCAUGAUUCAAUUUCAUAUAUCACAGGAUAUUAGCUAUGAGUAAUUGUAUGAAGCAGCGCUUCCCUGCCAGUUCCUCAGGCCACAGAGUAUUAUGUAAAUAGCAGGUAUACUUAAUGAUCAGGAACCAGUCAUGUUUCUUCUUUCAGAUUCUGUGAGUGAUUGGCUCCUGUGUGUCUGUUAUUCAGUUUACUCACAGCAAAGCAUGUAGUUACAUUGUCACUGAAGUGAAAUUUUAUACAAGUAGAUAAUCAGAAGAAUUGUCCAAUAAAGAUGGAAAUGCAUCCAAUAAAUGAAAAAAAAAUGGUAACACUGGAAGUGAAAUUUGAAUUUAACAUAAAUGGAAUAGUACAUAAUAUCACAGUUUUGGGAGUGUUAUUACUGCCGUUUUAGGUUCUAGUUAUGUACCAGAGGAACUCAGUGAGGGCAGGCUUACAAACAUAAAUGAGGAACCUGGUUGUGAUGAAAAGGGUGACUAUGUCUCAGGAAAGCUUCACGAAAGAAUAUAUAAUGUGACUGCAGAAGUAUGCAGUAUUGAAAGUACAAUGAAAUGGUGGAACCUGAUUCAAACAUAAAAGGAGUAUGAUGACUUGCUAUAGUAUACAAAUGAUACUCAGUAUCAUACAGAGUUAUUUGACAGGAAAAAAGGGCAAAUACCAUUGAACUACUUGAUUAAUUUUUUACAAUAAAAUAAAAUACGCUGUCAACAUUUAAGCCUUUUUUCAUUUUCUUGUAUAUUUAUAACUGACAGAGUUUUUAAUGUUUUGACAGAUUUUUAACGGCUUGGAGCAGUUUUAAUUUUCCCCACUGAUUGAUUAUUCAGAUUACUUUGCAUGGCCAUUUUUAUGGUCCCUCAGUACCAUUGCAAAAUGAGGACUGCGUGCAGCUGGGGACAAUGCCUACUUCAGGGGAAAUGAUUUUGAUUCAACUGACUAAUUGAGUAUAACUAUUUGGAAAUAAUCUACAUAUCUAAGUCAUAAGAUAUAUUGCUUUUUUUUAUUCUUCAAAGAAAAAUAAAUCUUCAAUAUUAUAAAUCUUUGUACAAUGCAUUCUCUGUGAAAGUAUGUUCUUAGGGACAAAAAAAGCAUCAUAUUCUGUUUAUGUAUAAAGCACAAGUUUACAUACGAUGCAUAAACAGAUAAUACAUUAAUCUGUAGUGUUAAAAUUGUAUGAAGUGGUUGCCUAGGUUUAAAAGGUCUAAAAAUGCUCCUUAAGGGAAUGAUAAUGAAAAGAAGGUAGAGCAACACUGGCUGGGCUGGGAUGAACCAGGAGCCAGGUCCUCAGUCCAGGUCUUCCAUGUGGGUGGCAGAGACCCAGUCACUUGAGCCAUCACCUGCUGCCUCCUGGAAUGCACACUAACAGGAAACUGGAACUCAAACCAAGGCACCCUAACAUGAGAUACAGGCGGUCCAGCUGGCAGCUUAACUGCUAGGCCAAACACCUGCCCAUGGAAUCAUCUUUGUUGGGAGAAAUGGCUUUAAUUCAAAUUGCUGUAUUCCAGCAUUCCUUGGUAGGACAUUACCUCUGUUAUUUUAAGACAGUAAUAAGUUUUUCAAGGGAAAAUUUCCUGAACAAUUUUGAUAGUGUUUGUUCAUCAUGCCCAUUUAGGGAACCAGACUUACGAUAAUACAAAACUUACAGAGAAAGGUACAUCUGAUUUAGAAAAGGCUACAAUACCAGUAAAAACCAUGUUUUGGAAAAAUUACAUCACAAUUCCACUUACUGUUUCUUAAUAUAAAAUGAUGGUAAUUAUACAGUGAAACAUCUAGAUCCUUAUUAUAUUUUGCAUAUUAUUAAGGUGGCUAAAUUACUUCAAAAUUCUAUUCAUCUGAAAAGUAAAAAAAACCUUAUAUAAACAGUUGACUUCUAUGUGCAGAUCCUAGUAGAAAAGUUGCUGACCUUACAAGUGUUACACAAAGUAAAAAUGUAUAUGUGUAUUUGAAUAAAGUGUCAUCCCAUGUGA